AUGGGCCAAGCCAAUGCAACAACGCCAGGUGAAUUCAUUCUGAUGGGUGUCACAAGGCUUCCUGAGCUACAGCUGCCCCUUUUGGGGGUUUUCCUCAUCAUCUACAGCCUCACAGUGGUGGGAAAUCUGGGCAUGAUCAUCCUGACCAAGCUGGACUCCCGACUACAUACACCUAUGUACUUUUUCAUCAGACACCUGGCAUUCAUUGAUCUUGGGAAUUCCACAGCCAUUUGUCCCAAGAUGCUGGUGAAUUUUGUUGUGGAUCAAAAUACCAUCUCCUAUUAUGCUUGUGCCACACAGAUGGCCUGCUUCAUUAUGUUCAUUGUGAGUGAACUUUCAAUCUUGUCCUCCAUGGCCUAUGACCGCUACGUGGCCAUCUGCAACCCCUUGCUCUACAAUGCGAUCAUGUCUCAGAGACGAUGUCAUGUGCUGGUGGGCAUUCCGUACCUCUACAGCACCUUCCAGGCUCUGCUGUUCCCUAUUAAGUAUUUUACAUUGACCUUCUGUGGUCCCAAUGUCAUCAGCCAUUUCUACUGUGAUGUCGUCCCCUUGCUACCGUUGAUCUGCUCACAAGUCAAAGAGACAGAAUUGUUAACUAUACUAUUUUCAGCAUUUAAUUUAGUCUCUUCUCUUCUCAUAGUUCUUUUGUCCUACAUGCUGAUUUUGUUAACCAUAUGUCGAAUGAGCUCUGCAGAAGGCAGGAAGAAAGCUUUCUCCACCUGUGGUUCUCAUCUGACAGUGGUGGUGGUGUUCUACGGGACCCUGCUCUUCAUGUACGUGCAGCCCAAAUCUGCUCACUCUUUUGAAACUGAUAAACUGGCAUCAGUGUUUUAUACUUUAGUGAUCCCCGUGCUUAACCCCUUGAUUUACAGUUUAAGGAAUAAAGAGGUAAAAAAUGCUUUUCAUAGAGUCUUUAAAAAUAUAUGA